UUCAACUGCUUACGAAUGACAUUUUUGUUGGACGGCAAAGCAACAUUGUUAUUGUGUUGGAUGGGUAGUCAUGGAUGCUGGGCAGACUAUUGUCACAUUCUCAUCUCCAUGGUGCUUUUCAGGUGGAAUGUCUCUGCUGGUGCUGCUCGUCCAAACCCACAGGGAUCUUUCAAAUAUGGUCAAAUUACAGUUACGGAUGUAUAUGUGAUCCUCAAUAGACCUCCAGAGCUUAUAGAUGGGAAGUGGCGUACUACCCUCAAUGGUAUUUCAUAUUUGCCACCUUCAACACCCAUAAAGCUUGCGCAGCAGUUCAACUUGCUGGGAGUCUACAAGCUGGAUUUCCCGAAUAGAUUGAUGAACAGGCCUCCCAAAAUGGAUACAUCUCUAAUUAAUGGUACUCACAAAGUAUUUAUGGAAAUCAUCUUUCAAAACAAUGACACAACCGUCCAGAGCUACCACAUGGAUGGCUAUGCAUUCUUUGUUGUGGGGUGA